AUGCCCACAUUAGCUCGAAAGAUUAACAAGAAAAAAAGGGAUCAAGAUGACGAUGCAAUAGAAGGCUCAGAGAACUUGGAGUCUGCUCUGAAGAAAAAGAGUACGCACAACAAAAGUACUGAUAGAGAUGGUAUCUCACAGGGCAACAUUAUUGGCUUGAAGCGUCAAGCAAAAAAAGCACACGACAGCAAGCUCUCAAUAUACACAUCUAACACUCCAAGUUUAAACAACAAAGACAAUGAGAAGCUCAAGCAAAAGCUCGCAGAGGCUCAAAAAUGGCUUGCAGCAAUCCAAGCCCUUCUCCAAGCAAAGUUGGCCAGUGCCAACACUACCACCAAUAAUAUGGCAGACAUCAACAAUAUCGCUGUUGAAGGUGAUGAUGAAAUUGAGUCUGAAAACGAAGACAACAACGCUCAGUUGACUCUGGCAUGUUUUCUUUGGCAUUUUAGGAUUCUUGGAGAGGUACCCACAAGACAAGACGCUGUGAACAAGCCAAAGCGAAGACUCUACCGCGAAGGUAACGCCUCAAAAUUACUGUCUUCCCACGAAACAACACCAGACAACCAUGAUGGCACAAGCAACAGCACGAGUGAAAGUGAGAGCCUACGCAGAUCCCCUGAUGCAAAUACUGCACUGUCUGUUGCUUCCCACUUGCAAGAAUCUUCGUGCAGCAUUCAAGAACAUGUACCAUUUCCCUUAAUCGACCUAGCCAUUGUGCAAGGUCUGAAUGCUCACCAUUUCAUGGCGAUGAUAGGAGCAAAAUGGUACCCCUGUCUGGUCAUUGACAGCAGCUUCCUCGAGAUCGUGACCAUGGAGUUUGUGGUUCUCGGCCACCAUCAUCAGCUCGCUGUCGACCAUCGGGUAGCCAUGCAACCUCUGCAGAUUGAUCCCGCAAGCGCUGCCGAUGCAUAUAAAAUGAAGCUGUUGACAAUCAAUGCCUUUCCAUCAGCAGAAGUAGCCACACAAUUUGCUGGCGAAGCAUGGGAUGUGGUGUGCCAAGCGAACAAUAAGAACUUCACCCCUGAGGACUUGGCACAGGUGCUUGCUCUUAUUGUUCAACAGGGCCCUGCCUUUUGUGGUCAUAUCCACGACCAUGUUUGUGAGAGCUCCGUGAGUGCCUUUGGGCUUGCGGACCUGACAAAUGUGGCAGCUCAGGCAGCCAAUGUGAAAUCAUGUGAGUUUCUCCGCAGUUCUAGUGUUAGGGCUCACCACCCUGGUAUUGCUAUAAGGAUUCAGAAGCAGAAACUGGCUACGUUGCUCUCUGUAUGGAGCUCUUCAAAAUUGCGAAGCACCUGGGUUCACAGCAUCAAGACCACCUAA